GUUUUUGUCAUUGAAACAUCGUGGUGCGCAACAUGUCAGAAGCUACCCAGCUGCACUCAAACUAGCAUUAUACGUUUGAAUUUAAUGAAAAGUAACGUUUGUUAGCUUGUAGUUAGGUAGAUAAAAACGUCAAAUAUGUUAACGUCCGUCGCCUGUUCGUGUGUGCGGAGCGGGAGGAUAGUAUCGGUUCCUGUAGCUAAGUUGUCCCUCUUUUCAACGGUUAAGAACUCGAGCAGAACCCUGACGAAUUUGACAGGGAUACCAGAUUUGUCACGACACCGGUCAGCCGGGCUCCUCACACCGGCUUACCUGCAGCUGCUGACCGCCAGAUCUGCGUCCCUAUCAGCCGCUUCACAUGCGGGUACCGAUCCCCCGGACUCCCCCUCAGCCCUAGCAGACAGCGACCCACCAGACCGGGAGAACUUCGGCUCCUUUUCCGCCGACUUGUCCUCCAGGAGGUCGUUCAGGAAAACCAGCCCUUACAUCCAGGAUCUGCGGUUCCAAGAGGAGGGGGAGGACGGGGAUGAAGUCCCGGUGAGAGCCGGCAGGACAAACACACCUUACUGGUACCUCUUACAGUGCAAGAAGCUCAUCAAAGAGAACAAGCUGCAGGAGGCUUUGGACAUGUUCAGCAGAGACAUGCUGCAGGGAGAGCGGCUGCAGCCAGAGGAGUUUAACUACUCUGUGCUGAUCGGAGGCUGCGGUCGAGCUGGACAGCUGAAGAAGGCCUUCAGACUCUACAAUGAUCUGAAGAAGCGAGGUCUAGAAGCUACAGACGCCACCUACACCGCUCUGUUCAACGCCUGUGCUGAGGCGCCGUCCAAACAAGUCGGCCUCCAGCAGGCGCUGAAGCUGGAGCAAGAACUCCUUCGCAAAAACUACCCCAUCAGCACCAAAACGUACCACGCCCUUCUAAAGACACACGCCAUGACCAACCACCUUCAAGCCUGUAUUCACACACUCAGGGAGAUGCUGCAGAAAGGCCAUGCUGUAACUCAGGAGACGUUUCACUACCUGCUGAUGGGCUGUUUGAAGGACAAAGAGACAGGAUUCAGACUGGCUCUACAGAUUUGGCGUCAGAUGCUGAAGUCCGGGAUUCAUCCAGACUCGAAGAACUACACCCUGCUCCUGCGGACUGCCAGGGAUUGUGGGAUCGGCGACCCUGGCCUGGCCUCUGGCCUGCUGCUGAGGCCUGAGCCCAAGUACCAGAGGAAACGUGUGUCACGUGUGAAGUCAGAGCCUGGACGCAAUGAUCUGGUAGACAUCGACCUCCUGGAGAGACAGCUGUUUAUCCAACCUGACCCUCACAGUGAGAGUCAGCAGGACAGCAGGGACACUGAGGAGGAGAAGUCCUUCAGCAGACAGGACGUAUCACAUCUGGUACCAGUCCAACAGAUAGAAUCCGCCUCCCUGCCUGUUGAAUUAGCAGGUGAUGGCACUGCCCCCAACCUACUGGACCUUUUUGAGGGUAAGCAGGGGGCUGUGGUCUCCCUCGGCACCGUGGCCGGAGCAUCAGAUAGGCUCGCCCUCAUUGGAGGAGUUGAAGGUUUUCUGGAGAAGAUGGCGGCUAACCAACUCAUUCCAGACCUCAAGACUCUGACCCUGCUGGCCGACACGAUGGAGCCGGAGUUUCGGUCUCUGCAGAUGCUGCUGAAGGUCGCAAAGCUGCACAAAGUGAAGCUCGACAUUGCGUUCUUUAACUCUGUGAUUCGCCGAGCGGUCAGAGCUGGAGACCUGCAGGAGGCAAAGGCUGUGUUGAGUGUGAUGCGACAGCGCAACGUCAGUGUAGACGUGCAGACGUUUGGAAGCCUCGCUCUGGGCUGUAAGCGACAGCAGGACGGGCUGCAGCUGCUGAAAGACAUGGAGGAGGCAGGACUUAAGCCGAACGUCCAUGUGUUAUCUGCUCUUAUUGGCCAAGCUACUCGACGAAUGGAUUACGCCUACCUGAAAGAGCUGCUCAAAAGCAUGAGAAGCAUGCAGGUGUGGCCAAAUGAGGUCAUCAUCAAACAGCUGGAGUUCGCCUCACAGUAUCCCCCCAACUAUAACCAACACAAGUCCAGAAACAACUACCUGGUCCAAAUCGAUGGUUUCCGUGGUUACUACCAGCACUGGCUGAGAAACAUGCCUGCUCAGAGCGCUGAGGAUGAGCAGUCUGAGCCGGACACUGAUGAGCUGAAAACAGAAGCUGCAGACGGACUGAAUAAGGCCCAAAGGAACCAGAGAGCAGCAGCACGGAGAUAUAAGUCUCGUCGCAAACACAUGACGAGCAGCGAGCAAGCUGCUCUGUAACUGCACGGCAGGAAAUCUGUCUUAAUUUCUCUCCUUGACCCUUUUAUGGUCUGUUUGCAUUAAUCUGUGAAACUCUGGAUGGACUUUAGGUCAAAGCUCAUGGACUGUCUGUCAGUUUUCUCCAAAGAUCGAUGUUAAUUUUAUUUAUAACAAAAUUAAAGUGAAAUUCAAGUUUGAGACAUUAAA